AAUAAAAUAGAAAAGAAAUCAAAUCUAUUGCGAGAAGGGAGCGCCAUCGCGUUUCUAUCCUAAAUCUCACCAUUUUCCCUGCCAUAAUUCUCACUCUCAGCAAUUUUAUUUUCCAUCAAACUCAUUGUUGUUGUUGUUCUUGAAUCUGCACUGAGACCUAAACAUGAGCAUGUCGGGAUCUGACAUGGUAACCAGGGACCAAUUCUCGGUUGGGAUGCACAACCCUCAAUCCCAACCUCAACAACAACAACCUCAACUUCAUCAAAACAUGCGUAUGGACUAUGCUGCUGCUGAUGGGGCCGCGGUUUUCGGCGCCCCUACCAUCAACAUCAACAACAUCAACGGGGGUGAAUCCUCUCCAGUGAGUGUGCCUCCGGGCUUGGGCCUGGGCCAUACCCAUCCCCAGGGCAUGGUGGAUAACUCCACUGAGACACUCAAGAGAAAGAGGGGAAGGCCCAGGAAAUACGGGCCUGAUGGUGGCAUGGCUUUGAGCUUGAACACUACCUCUCCUCCUGGUGGGGCCUCGGUACCUGUUGGCCAUUCCGGUGGGGCAUUUCCGACGGCUCCUCUCUCUGAUUCUGCCUCUGCCGGUACCGGGAAGCGUAGGGGCAGACCUCGUGGUUCUGUUAACAAGAAUAAGAAAAGCUCAAAGUUUUCUGGGCCAGGAGGUUUCUUUACUCCGCAUGUCAUUACCGUGAAAGCUGGAGAGGAUUUGUCAGCAAGAAUUAUGUCAAUUUCCCAGAGUGGUUCUAGAAAUGUUUGCAUCUUAAGUGCAAAUGGAUCCAUAUCUAAUGUGACACUUCGACAGCCUGCAUCGUCUGGUGGAACUGUGACUUAUGAGGGGCGAUUUGAGAUCUUAUCACUUGGUGGUUCUUUGUUUCUUACUGAAAAUGGUUCUCAUGGCGGAAGAACUGGAGGCCUGAGUGUGUCCUUGUCAGGGCCAGACGGCCGCGUUUUGGGGGGUGGAGUCGCAGGCCUUUUGGUGGCUGCCUCCCCUGUUCAGAUUGUUUUGGCUAGUUUUGUUUCCGAUGGCAAGCAAUCCAAGUCUGCAAAGCGGAUGAGGAAUGUAUCUGCAGCAGAAAAGGUUGCCACAGCUGGUGGCCAAAGCAGCUCACCAUCAAGGGGCACUCUGAGUGAAUCUUCAGGUGGGGUCGGGAGUGGGAGCCCACUAAACCAAAGCACAGGAGACUGCAUCAACAAUAUCAACAAUAUCAACAGCACCACCCCAACGCCAGGCUUUUCAGGCAUGCCCUGGAAGUAAACUUGACUCUUCACUCAUCACUGUUUUCUGUAGUGUCACAUCAGGUUCUACUCACUUGUCAUGGUAUUACUCAUUGAAGACACCUGUUACAUUAGCUUUGUGUAAUGUUAGUUGGAGGAUGAACAUUUGAGGGAUAAUACAUAUGAUCUUGUAGCUUAAUUUGGUUAGAUAUUGCGACAGAUACUAGUGUAUGUGCUCUUGGGUGAUUCACGAGAUUCUGGCAGAAUGUAGUUGUGUUCUAGGACCAUCGUGUAGGAUCAUGAUUAGAUAGCGGAGACUUUCUCAUCUGUUUUAUUGGAAUUUGUUGUCGGUCCAUGUGUCCAAACUUUCUCCUGUUGCCCAGUUGUUUGGUGGUAAUAAUACUUAAUCUAGUUAGUCUCUCA